ACUCAUCUGCUGUGUGAUCCCUCUAAAAAAACCAGCCCACAAGUCAGAGGCACGUUACAUGCGCGGCUACACUCAGCCCCCUUCCUUUCGGCUUUGCCCCCUCUCGUCUCCGCAAUGUAUCCAUGAAGAAAAACCGUAAAGUGUUAAAUGUUUGAAAUUCAAAGCCGCCGAAUUUCACUUGCUGAAAAAGGACUGUGCUGCUCGCGUGCGCGGCGCUGGUGUGUCAGUGCGUCAGACUCCGCAAAGAAAAGCUACUUACUUAGCGUUGGGAGUCCAUCGCUACAGAGGGACUUACUACACCUUUUUUGUUUUCAGUCCUAAGACAAACGCUUAAACAUUUUUCAAACUGGCUCACGUCCUCCCCAACCAGCCCAGUGUGACAGCUGCUCUUCAGCCCGCUUGGAGGACUGUCAGCAGCACCAAGAGGAUGGCAUCAGAGCUGGCAAUGAGCAACUCCGACCUGCCCACCAGUCCCCUGGCCAUGGAAUAUGUUAAUGACUUCGAUCUGAUGAAGUUUGAAGUGAAAAAGGAGCCGGUGGAGCCCGAUCGCAACAUCAGCCAGUGCAGUCGCCUUAUCGCCGGGGGAUCCUUGUCUUCCACCCCGAUGAGCACGCCUUGCAGCUCGGUGCCCCCUUCCCCAAGCUUCUCGGCGCCCAGUCCGGGCUCGGGGAGCGAACAGAAGGCACACUUGGAGGAUUUCUACUGGAUGUCCGGUUAUCAACAACAGUUAAAUCCAGAGGCGUUGGGCUUCAGCCCCGAAGACGCAGUCGAGGCGCUGAUCAACAGCACUCACCAGCUCCAGUCGUUCGAUGGCUAUACCAGAGGGCAGCAGUUUGCUGGCGCAGCCGGACCUGGGGGCACCAUGGCCGGGGAAGAGAUGGGCUCUGCCGCGGCGGUGGUGUCAGCAGUUAUCGCUGCCGCUGCAGCCCAGAACGGGGGUCCGCACCACCACCAUCACCACCACCACAGCAACGGUCACCACCAGGCGCCCGGCGUCCAGUCCAACAACUCGGGCUUAAAUCACCCACAUUCGCAUUUGGAUGAUCGGUUUUCAGACGACCAGCUGGUCUCCAUGUCAGUACGGGAGCUCAACCGGCAGCUACGGGGGGUCAGCAAGGAAGAAGUGAUCCGAUUGAAACAGAAGAGGAGGACCCUAAAGAACAGGGGCUAUGCCCAGUCGUGUCGAUACAAGCGGGUCCAGCAGCGGCACGUCCUGGAGGGGGAGAAAACGCAACUCAUCCAGCAAGUGGACCACCUAAAGCAGGAGAUCUCCAGGCUGGUCCGGGAGAGGGACGCGUACAAAGACAAGUAUGAGAAGCUGAUCAGCAACGGCUUCAGAGAAAACGGGUCGAGCAGCGACAACAACCCCUCAUCCCCGGAGUUUUUCAUGUCCUCCAGAAAAUUCCUCCAUCUGUGAUGUCAAUCCCCAUUCAUCCAUGCCGAUGGCUUUUAAAGAUAACCUGAUGACUGAUCGUGGAUGACCUAAAAGGGGCCGACCGACUGCACGAGGACGCCCAAAAAGCACAACAGCUAAAAAUGACUACUUCACAGAGGAAACAAAAGAUCAGAUCUGCUGAGAAUCCGCCCCUCCAACCCCCUACCUCCGACCCUGCCCGCACCCGCCCAGAAGCCCUAUGAAGCAACUCUGGAAGUCUCGCGCCGAUCCACAUGACCUUCCUGAUAUUUUACCUCAAGCUUUUUUGCUACAAAAUGAAAAAGAAAAUGAAGAAGAAAAAAUAUGAGAAAAAUAAAACUAAGACGUACACCUCCGACUCCACAUGAAGAGUUUGUAGCAGGGGGGGUUGCUAUUCUCCUUUAGCGGGAAGACAUUAUUGCAUGCUUCUGUAAUUAGUUCAUCAAUCUACCCUUAUUCCUGACGUAGAAAGCCUACCAAACUACACCCCUCACACACACACAGAAACACACACGUACACACACACACACAUACAUACAGGCACGGACACACGCACACACAUACACACAGAAGCAUUCAACACACAUAUAUGCGUGCUCAAACCCACAAACACACGCUCAUUAAUUUAUUAAGUCAAGGAACCGCAUUCUACUGCUUCACUUUUGAGAACCAUUGUAAUUAUCAUUAACAAUGGUUUCCUCGUUUUAGAGAACUAUGUGGCGUACUCUUUGGAGCAGUUUAAAUUAUACCUCCGUAUUCUCUUUACACAAAGUCCUAGUCUUCCUUUUCAAUAACCUCACUUAACUUGUAAAUAGAGACGAGCAUGGAACAAACAGUGUAUAUUUACCACUUUUUCGUAGAUCGCAAAAAAACUCAUAUUGUGAAUAUUUCCACAAUUUAUUAUAUACUUUUUCUCAUAGGUAAACAUAAAUUGCAUAAUGUUUGGACAUUCUUGGUCUGCGUUUGAAUACUAACAUAAUACGAGCAUUACUAGUGAUGGUGGCAUCACUUCCCUAUUUAUCAUCAAUCCUUUCAUUGAAGCAACGGUUUGGCAUGAGUCGAAACAUAUACCAAUUAUUAUCAGGAAUAUUACUAUUAUUAUUUUUUGCAAUAAUAAUAAUAUUUAUCAGAAAACACAAUCAUUUUCUGUCAUUGCAUGAAUUAUGCCCUCAUUUUAGUGGGCGAUAGCUAUUUCUUUAGCUCCAUCCGUUCUCUCAUUGACCUACUCUCUACCCCAAACGAAGGCUAUUAGCAUCACCUGAACUCCUCUCAGCCUAAGGUACCUAAGCUACCUCUUCCUGUAGUGUGUGAAAGGGGAGCCCUCACUAGGCUACAUGUGGAGGGAGGGAACCAAUAAGUAUUGAUAUGAUUUUGAGGUCGACCUGAUUGCUCCCCCAUAUCUCCCAUGGACUGUGAAGUUAACCCAACGCACUGGGACAUUGUGAUGCAAGCCGACAACGCUAACUUCUCCACCAGUGAAAACCAAGUUCCCCGUGCAUGGACAACAAGACACUGGAUUCAAUGCAUCGUUCUGAACGCCCGUCCUGCGUCUUCUACCUCUCCGUUGUCCAUGCUGUGCAUCCUGGCCCCGGGGACUCUGUUGUGACCUGAUGGGGUGGCCCUCUCACGGGCUCUACUGUAAGACUAUCAGGCCCUCCACAGCCUUGAGGGAGGAGCGUCACUCUAUCUCUGACGCCUUGAACAAGACACACGAAGAUGACACACAUGGCAAUAAGGACAAAAACAAACAAGCAGUCUCACUCGAGUACAAAACACAAAUACAAAUGCAGAAUGCACAUACGGAUACAAGCACACAC